AACUCGUUCAUCCAUAUACCCAUUCCUUAUACACUAUACCCAUCCAUCAUGUCCAAGAUCUUCACCCAGGCCGACGUCUCGUCGCAUAGCAAACCAGACUCGCUCUGGAUUGUCAUUGAUGGCGAUGUCUACGAUGUCACCAAGUUUGCUGACGACCAUCCCGGCGGCAAGAAGAUCCUCCAGAGGGUUGGCGGCAAGGACGCCUCCAAGCAGUUCUGGAAGUACCAUAAUGAGGGCAUCCUCAAGAAGUACCAGGGCAAGCUCCAGAUCGGCUCCCUAGACAGCAAGCCCAAAGCCGCUGCUCCCGCUCCCGCUGCUGCUCCGGCCCCUGCUCCCAAGGCCGCCCCCAAGCCCAAGGCUUCUACCGCUUCCUCCUCUUCCCACGAGCAAUCCGAGGCUCUCGAGCCCUUCGGCCAGCUUAUCCCCUUUGCUGACCCCAGCUGGUACCAGAGCUACCACUCUCCUUACUACAACGAGACUCACGCCGCCCUCCGUGCGGAGAUCCGCGAGUGGGUCGAGACCGCCAUUGACCCCUAUGUCACCGAGUGGGAUGAGAAGAAGGAGGUUCCUGCUGAGAUCUACAAGGAGAUGGGCAAGCGCGGCUACCUCGCCGGUCUGCUGGGCACCAAGUACCAAAGCAACUAUGUCGAGAACCCCAUCAAGUCCGUCCCCGCCGAGAAGUGGGAUCUCUUCCACGAGAUGCUCGUAACCGACGAGCUCUCUCGCACCGGCUCCGGUGGUUUUGUCUGGAAUGUCAUUGGCGGCUUCGGCAUCGGCUGCCCUCCUCUCGUCAAGUUCGGCAAGAAACCCCUUGUCGACCGCAUUCUGCCUGGCAUCCUCAAUGGUGACAAGCGCAUCUGCCUUGCCAUUACCGAGCCCGACGCCGGUUCCGACGUCGCCAACCUCACCUGCGAGGCCAAGCUUACCGAGGAUGGCAAGCACUACAUUGUAAAUGGCGAGAAGAAGUGGAUCACCAACGGUAUCUGGUCCGACUACUUCACCACAGCCGUGCGCACUGGCGGCCCCGGCAUGAACGGCGUCUCUCUCCUGCUCAUUGAGCGCGACUUCCCCGGCGUGUCCACCCGCCGCAUGGACUGCCAGGGUGUCUGGUCCUCGGGCACCACCUACAUCACCUUUGAGGACGUCAAGGUCCCCGUCGAGAACCUGAUCGGCAAGGAGAACCAGGGCUUCCGCGUCAUCAUGACCAACUUCAACCACGAGCGCAUCGGCAUCAUCAUCCAGUGCCUGCGCUUCUCGCGUGUCUGCUACGAGGAGUCGGUCAAGUACGCCAACAAGCGCCGCACCUUUGGCAAGAAGCUGAUCGAGCACCCCGUCAUCCGCCUCAAGCUCGCUCACAUGGCCCGCCAAAUCGAGGCCUCGUACAACUGGCUCGAGAACCUCAUCUACCAGUGCGAGAAGAUGGGCGAUACCGAGGCCAUGCUCCGUCUUGGCGGCGCCAUCGCCUCCCUCAAGGCCCAGGCCACCGUCACCUUUGAGUUCUGUGCCCGCGAGGCCUCCCAGAUUUUCGGCGGUCUAUCCUACUCCCGCGGUGGCCAGGGCGGCAAGGUCGAGAGGCUGUACCGUGAUGUCAGGGCUUAUGCCAUCCCCGGUGGCUCGGAGGAGAUCAUGCUUGAUCUUAGCAUAAGGCAGAGCUUGCGCGUUUCCAAGAUGACUGGUAUGAAGCUUUAAAGAUGGGGAAAGGGGGGUGGGGAUCAUAUUUAUUGUGUGAUUUAUUGGAAAAAAGCAUAUUGGGGUUAACGGUUGCUUUGGCUUUGCUUUUUCCUCUUUCAUGGGUUUUCUCUUAUACUUUAUUAUACCUGUCCACACUGUACUCCUAUGCGGUAUGUUUACAGAUAGCUCGAGACACAGCUGCAUAAGUCUGCUUGCUUUUGAGCAAAUCGAAGUGGUAGCAUCGUUCGC